GAAGAAAAAAAGUCGCAACGACAAAAAACCCCAAAAUCGCUAAAUUUUUUACCUCUACCAAAAUCCCAAUCCCACUACCUAAUCAAGCAUUUGAUUAUUGUAUCCCAACAAAUAAUAGUAUCAAUACCACCACUAACAAAGUGUCUAAUCAAACUACCUCCAAUUCAUUCAAUCAAUCAACCAAUUUACUAACCAUGAGCUCCUCAAUUCAUACCAUUUCACCACUCUUCCUUACUCCAUCUUCUGCCUUCUCUAACUUCUUCUCUCCAUCAAGAGGUAACACUCCAACUUCUUCAUUCUGUAGAAUUGAUGAAGGUGGCACUUUUGAACGAAAUUUCAAUGACGUUUUCGAUCAUUUACUUGAAAGUACUACUCAAAUUGCUCAAUCAUACCAUCACCACCAUCAUCAGCACCAUCAACAACAACAACAUGAUCAAUUAUUAGAUAUGGUUCAUUUAUUUAGCCCUUCGAAUACUGAAUUAAUUUCUUUUGACUUUUCAUCAUCCUCUUGCAGUUCUUCCAAUAAUACAAGUCCUCUUUCAGAUGAAUCACCAACUUUAUCAAAGAGAUCAAAUUUAUCUUUAACACUUCAAGUUCCUGAUGUUACAAAUUCACUUCCUAAAGCUAAAAAACUUGUUACAAACACAUUAAGUACAACACAAGUUAAAACUGAAAAGAAGAGAAAGUCAGCUCCAAAACGUAAAAAGGAAGAAGAAGAAUCUAUUUGUGAUGAUGAAGAAGAAGAUGAUAAUUGUUCUGAUUUACUAAAUCAAGGUGAUAGAAGUUGGAAAGUUGUUCAAACAAGUGAAAAGUUUGCUGGUAAACUUUCAAUUUCAAUUACAAGUAAAACUAGAUGUGAAGAACCUUGUGAACAAGUUCCAACUAAACUAUAUUCUAGUUUGAAAUAUGAAAUCAGACAACAAGCAAUGUUGAAUAAGAAUACUGUUAAAGAAGAUUUACCAUUCUUGCUGGGUAGAAUUAGUAUGGUCGAUUCUCAAACCUUUGAAGAAAUUCAACAAGAUAACAAAUCAAAUCCUGUUUUGAAAGGUGUAGUUGAAUCUGCUUUAACUAAAAAACCUGAAAGUAAGAAUUCAAAGAAUAAGGAAACUUCUACUUGCGAAGAAUAUAAUGGUGUUUUGAAAGUGCAAUCUAGUACUGUUUCAUAUCACCAUAAAAAGAUUAACUUUUGUUGGCAGAUUAAUUAUUAUGUCCCAUCUGAUUUGGAGAAUCCAAUCAUGACAUUAAGAUCAGCCGCUUUUAAAGUUUAUGCAAGAAAACCAUCACAAAAUAAGAAGAAGAAACGUACAACAACAACCUCCUCAUCACAAGAACCUCCACAACCAAUACCCGCAGUUCCACCUUCAAAUAAUCUUGUCUUGAACAGUUUUGAAGAAUUUGAGAAUUGCGUUGAAGAACUUGUUGGAUUUAGCAUGAAAUUAACUGAGAGUGAUAGAAAGAGAUCUCUCGAUUUGCUUUCCACUAGACUUCUUCAAUUGGAUCCUGCUUACUUUAAGCAAUGUUUGGAUUCUUUACACAAGAAGUAAAUUCUUGUGAAUGAAAUUACAAACUCCAAACCAACAUUCCCCUAAGUUAAACUAAAUUCUCUGUCAUGCCAUAACAGACAGACCCCUCAGUGCUCAACGUAUGAUCACUGAACUCGCAAUUAAUUGCGAAAUAAAUUCUUGUGUGGUUAUAUUUGUACAAUU